AUGGCGAAGAAAAUGUCAAGCAUUUUGAAGAAAGCCGGUUCGAACGGGAAAGCGGCGAAGGGAAUAGAAGAACCAAGUGCAGUGAAAUUACUCUCUAGUCAGGAGGAAGAGGAUUUUAAAGAUGAGAAAGAGUCAACAGACACUGAGGAGGGAGGAAAAGUUUCCGGCGACGAGAGCGAAAGCGGAGAGGUGGAAAUUGAGGAGGAAGGGGAGGGCAAGGGAGAUACAGGGGAAGAAGAAGGGGAGGUGGGAGAGGAUGAGGAGGAUGGAGAAGACACGUCAGCGUUAAACCCGGUCAGAAGCUUCGACGAAAUGGGGCUGGACCCGCGUCUGCUGCGCGGGCUGGUGAAGCGGCGUCUGCUGAAGCCCACUCCCGUGCAGCAGUACUGCGUGCCGCUCGCCAUGGAGGGGCGCGACGUGGUGGCGAUGGCGCACACGGGGUCGGGCAAGACCCUCGCGUACCUGCUGCCGCUGCUGCACCGCGUGCUCGCCGACAAGGACUCCGCGCCCGCCGCCACUGGCGCAGGGGGGAACUGCCCGCGCGCAGUGGUGCUGGUGCCCACGCGGGAGCUCUGCCAACAGGUGGCAGAAGAGGUGACAGCCAUGGGGCAGUACUGUGGGGGCGCGAUUACCGUGCAGCGCCUCACCACCGGCAUGAACAACAGCGCCAUGCGAGCGGCCAUGGAGAGGCGGCCAGACGUGGUGGUGGCGACGCCAGCGCGCAUGGCGGCGUGUGUGGCGGAGGGGGUGCUGGCGCCCUCGGCGUUGAAAACUCACCUGGCUGUCAUGGUGCUGGACGAGGCGGAUGUGCUGCUAUCACACGGCUACUACAGCGAGGUGCAGGCCAUAGCGCGCCACGUGCCUGUCAGCUGCCAGUGCCUGCUCCUCACCGCCACCUUCAGUGACGACAUAGAGCGCCUACAGAAGCUGGUUCUGCACCAUCCAGUGGUUGUGCGCCUAGGGGACAGCUCAGACCUCCUUGAGGAUGCCCAAGGGGGUGUGGGUUUGGGAGUGGGGGGACAGGCAGCAGCAGAGGCAGCUGCAGCAGGAGAGGUAGCAGACGCAGGUGCAGGAGCUCAGAGUAACCAGAACCAGUCUCUCCUGCCGCCCAAUAUCCGCCAGUUUGCCGUCCGCUGCGAGGAAAAGGACAAGCUACUCCACCUGCUCGCGCUGAUUCGCCUGCAGCUGCUGCAGAAAAAGGUUCUCAUUUUCACCUCCACUGUCGAAGCUGGUUUCCGGGUGAAACUUUUCCUUGAGCAGUUUGGCAUCCGGGCAGCCGUGCUAAAUUCCGAGCUGCCCGUCGCGUCGCGGCUGCACAUUCUUCACGAUUUCAACGCCGGAAAGUUCUUUUUCCUCAUUGCCACAGACGACGAUAAUGGGGGGCUCUCUGCAAAAGACCGGGGGAAGGGGGGGAACAAUAAUGGGAGGGGGGAUUCUGGUCGAGACUCUAAGCGGCGUAGAGUAAGGAUAGCAGAUGAGGCACAUGGAGGGGAGGUAGGGAGGGAGGGGGAAGAGGAGGUGGAGAGGGAUACGGGGGAGUAUGGGGUGGUGAGGGGAAUUGAUUUCAAGAACGUGAGGACGGUGAUCAACUACAGUGUGCCGAGCCAGCUUGCUCCGUACGUGCAUCGGGUGGGGAGGACCGGCCGAGCCAGCAGCGUUGGCAUGGCAAUAACCCUGGUGUCUCCGAAAGAAGCUCCGCUAUUAGAGGCGAUUGACAGGAAGAUUGCACUGUCCAUGGCAAGUGCGGGUAGCGAGGACGGCAAGAAGGGAGUGACAGGGGUGAAGGGGGAGAGUGGGAUUGGAGGCAAUAGGAAGCGCGCAAGGGAAGCGGAGGAUGAGGAGGGGGAGGACAGUGAAGAGGAGGGUGAGGUGGAGGAGGAUGAGGAGGAGGAAAAGGAGAAGGAAGAAGAUGAGGACGAAGAGGAGUCAGAGGAAUUAGAUGAAUCAGAGCAAGAGGAGGAGGAGGAGUCAGAGGAAGAGUUUGAAGAGGAGCCAGCAAAGCCGAAGCCGUACGAGUGCAGAGCGAUCGUGCCGUACCCGUAUCUGCCGAAAGAAGGUGUGGAGGCACUGAGAUACCGCGGGGAGGACGUGGCAGGGAAGAUCACCCGCGUGGCCAUCCGCGAGGCAAGAGCCAAGGAGCUGCGAUGGGAGAUUCUCAACUCGGAGAAACUGAAAGACCACUUCGACCUCAACCCUAAAGACAGAGGUGCGUUCCCUUGUGCCUCAUUCUCCCUCCUGCACCCACUCCCCUGCAUCUUUCUGUGUCACACGCGCGUGGCCAUCCGCGAGGCCCGCGCCAAGGAGCUGCGGUGGGAGAUUCUCAACUCGGAGAAACUGAAAGACCACUUCGACCUCAACCCUAAGGACCAAGGUGGGUGCUCUUCUCUGCCUUUCCCUUGCUUCUGCCCCUUUCUCCCUUGCUGCUUCCUUUGUCAUUCCUGCGUGGCCAUCCGAGAGGCACGGGCCCUUCCCUGCUGCUCCCUUCCUCAUCCACCUCUCCGUCUCCCUUCCUCAUCCGCUCCCCCUACCUUUAUCCCCUCGCCAGCUUGUCUUUGGUCCUACCAUGCCCCAUCCACUCACCUUCUUUCACCCCAUUGUUUGCUCUUUUAUCCCCCACCAGACCUCCUGAAGCACGACAAGGUGUUGGCCAAGGUGGCUCCCUCCCCGCACCUCAAGAGCAGGACAGCCGGGAUGGGGGCAAAGGGGGGAGAGGAGGGAGAGGAGGAGGGGGGUUCAACAGAGGGCAAAGGGGGAGGGGUGGGGGCCGAGGGCGGGGAGGAGGGGGGAGAGGACGAGGGGGGCGGGGAGGCAGGGGUAGAUCGAAUGAUCCAUUGA